UGAGCAUGCUGCGUGGCUCCUAGCCUCCUACUUACGGCAAUUGUAAUAGUAACAGCAGAUAUAAUCGCCACACAAGAGGAGUGCCAUCACAGACAAACACACACUCACGCACACACCGACGUGGAUAAAUAGCGGCUUGUUCCUCUCAAACGUACGCUGGGGAGGAAAAGAGAGAAAGUGUCCACCUGCGCUGAUCAAAUACACAAGAGGGCUAAGUAAAUGUCCGACAGUGGAGGAGCUACAGACAGAGGGGAUUUGAAGCACCCACAAAUCCCACCUACAGAACCAUGAAGACCAGACUAGGCUGCCUGUCCAAUAGUUCUGACUCAUAUCCCGACUUCACUGAGUUCCUGCCCCCUGCCCAGGACAGGGCCACCAGAUGCCGAAAGCUGUCAAAAGAUGAAGUCAUUCUGUGGGCAGAUUCCUUCGAUGUUCUUCUGUCGAACAAGUGUGGCCUGGCUGCCUUCCAGGCUUUUCUCAAGACGGAGUUCAGCGACGAGAACAUUGAGUUCUGGAUGGCCUGCGAGGAAUAUAAAAAAAUCAAGACUCCCGCUAAAUUGAUGACCAAAAUUAACAAGAUCUACAAUGAGUUUAUUGAUGUCAAGGCUCCCAGAGAGGUAAACAUAGACUUCCGUACCCGGGAAGUGAUGAGGCAGAGCCUUGCGGAGCCCACCCCCUCCAGUCUGAAUGAGGUUCAGGCCAGGGUCCACAGCCUCAUGGAGAAAGACUCUUACCCACGCUUUCUCCACUCCAAGAUCUACCAGGACUUACUCGUCAUGCAGUACACACACUGCCAUCGGAACUCUGUCUGAAGAACACACACAUGUGCCGUCGCAGAUACACAUAUACACACACGCACACACACACACACAGUUGUGUUUUUCUUCAGUAGCUAGAACCCAAGGAACCAUUAUUCCUCAAGUUCUAACUUGAGAUCUCAAUGCGUAACUCAAUAACUCAAGAUGACAUGCUGAAUCAUGUGAACGUUUUUGAGUUAUCCAUACAAAUAUCAAGUUAGGAUUCUCCUCUCACAGAUAGAUUCUUUGUAUUUAGACAUAUUGUGAUAUUGUAUCAUCCCUCUUAGAACUGUGUCAACAUAUAGUUUACACUUAGAAACCAAAAUACCACAAGACAUUGUACUGUGUAUCCUUUUAUUACUCCUAUUAGAAAAUUUGUUGUUGAUGAUAUUUAUUUCUCCCAUCACUAUAGAUUUUUUGUGGUGUAGAAAUAUGUCUGGCAAUUUUAUUAAAGUUUUGCAGCAUGUCA